CCUUCUCCCAUGAGCUUCAAACCUUGUUCCAGAAAUUGAUUUCAUUGGUAACAACCAUUUUCUAAUGAUUCCCUAUUUGCUAUUUCAAUCUGUACAUGCUCGUUAACUUAUAAUUUCGUCAGUAUCAAUGGCAAGAACACCGUCCUCAUUCACUCAAUUACUCCGUCGACCAUCCUCCAAAAUCAUCCAAAACCCUAAACAACCAAUUCGCAACAUCGCCCAUGAUAACAACGAGGAUAAACCCCUACAUUCAACUGACCUCGUUAACCAAAUCUGCGCAACAAUUAGGUCAAAACCCAGAUGGGAAAACACCCUCUUAUCAGAUUUCCCCAAUGUCAGUUUCUUAGAUUCCACCUUGUUAAAUCAAGUGUUUACACACCAAAAAAAUGUUCUUUUUUCAAUUCGGCUUUUGCAUUGGCUCCGUUCUCAAUUUGGGUAUUCACCCGAUCAAUCAACUUGUUGUUUGAUAUUCAAUUCACUUGUAGAACAUAAGGCUGCAAAUGCUGCAAAGGGUUUUCUUGAAUUUACGAAAUUCGUUCCGGAUCGGGCUGGUAUUGAAUCAUACGUAAGGUGUUUGUGUGAAAGUGGAAUGGUUGAAGAUGCACUCCAGGUGUUUGAUGAAAUGUCAAAGAGAGGAGUUUGCCCUUUGUUGGAGACAUGGAACUGUGUUUUACAAGGUUGUGUUAAAGACGGGUGUACCGACGUUGUAUGGAGGUUAUACGGUGAAAUGAUGGAGCUUGGUGUUGAUGUAGAUGUUCAUACUGUUGAUUGCUUGAUACAAGCGUUUUGUUUGGAGAAGAAUGUUUCAAAAGGGUAUGAACUUUUUCGACAAAUGUUGGAUGACGGGUUUGUUCCGAACAAGGUUUGUUUCGACAAGUUGGUAUUUGAGUUUAUAUUGGAUAGAAAGUAUUCUAGAGUGUCUGCACUUCUUCAUAUUAUGAUAGCAAAAGGUGUUAAUCCUGAUAUCUAUACUUAUCAACAAGUUAUACACGCGUUGUGCCUUAGAAGAAUGCAACGUGAAGGGUUACGUAUAUUUAAUGACCUUAAAGAUCGAGGGUAUGCACCGGAUAGAAUCAUGUACACGACAAUGAUUCAUGGUCUUUGUAAAAUCAAAUGGUUAGGGGAAGCAAGAAAGUUAUGGUUUGAGAUGAUUCAAAAGGGAAUCAAACCUAAUAUAUACACAUACAACACACUCUUAUACGGGUAUUUUAAAAUCGGUGAUGUAGAAAACGCUUUAAAUCUAUACAAGGAAAUGCAAGAUAAAGGUUAUAGCGAAACUCUAGUCGCGUACAACACUAUGAUAAGCGGUCUGUGUUCACACGGAAGAACAACUUUAGCUUAUCAAUUAUUCAACCAAAUGUCGCGGAAUAAUGUCUCUAAAGAUGUGGUAACGUACAAUUCUAUGAUCAGGGGUUUCUGUAACGAUGGUAAGUUAACUGAGGGUUUGAACCUUUUGCGUGAACUUGUGGACCAUGGGCUGCAACCGUCAUCUGCAUCAUAUGGACCACUGAUAGAAAAGCUUUAUGAAACGAAACGGAUAGAUGAAGUUAAAACUCUUUGGAACGAGAUGCAGGAAAAGGGUGUGGAACCGGCUUCUGUAUGUAUUAAUGAUGACGUCGUAAUUGGAUUAAGCAACGAAGGAUAUGUUACAGCGGGAAUCUACUGGUUGGCGUACACGGUGAAGAAUCGGUUCAUACCCCGUCAAGAAACUUUUGAAAAUUUGAUCGGUGUUCUAUCUCAGAAAGAUAUGUUAGAUGUCGGUCAGAUUGCUCUGGGUCAUAUGUUUAAGAUAGGUUACAUACCAAGUUUCCGUUUGGAUGCAGUAUCCUUGACAUGAGCCAAAACUUCUGAAAGGGGCAUAAAACGUUUCAAGAUUGAUAUUUUUACUUGUGAAACCGAAGGGUAGUUUUUUUCUUUCUGGCGUCUAUGCUGCUUCUUUCGUAAGUUGGUAUAGUUCAAAUCUUGUACCAUUUUAAUUUGUUGUUUGUAUCUUCUUUGAAAUUUUGGAAGAGUAAUAGACGCUGACGGUUUCAUGAAGUUUGAAUCUUGCUUUCGUUAUGUCUGAUAGAUGUUUUAGUGAAUCAAAGAUGUAAUGAACUUAAAGUGACGUUUAAUUCAUGUUUUUUAUUCA